UCACCUCCAAACGGGCUGUUUACUUUUGCAUUAUGGGUGCGAAGAUAGCUGGGACGUUUGUGACUAUUUUCAUCGUUCUUGGGACAGCUGGUAUGUUACUUACGAACUUCUUCACGAAACUUCAUCAUGAGCUGCCGGACAGUGAUCAACCACUCGGUUGGAUUGCUAUUGCAUCGUGUGUAUUUGCGUUUGGAAGUUACGGAGUGUUUAUCAAAACGCCGGCCGUUUCCGAUCUGAAAGUUGAUCCGGGAGUCUUCCAGGUUUACUACUCAGUAGCAACUGCUGCAACAUUAAUGUGUGUUGCUUUCUACAGCCAUCCGGUCCAUUUUAGCACUGCUGAAUUUCUCUGGGGCACAUUAGGAGCAGGCUUGUGGGUGAUCUCACAGCUACUUGGAUUUGUUGCAAUCAAUUCAAUAGGAUAUGCUGUCGGACCUGCAAUCUGGGCAGCAACUACGAUGGUGGUUUCGUACGUGUGGGGAGUUUCAAUGCUUGGAGAUAAACCGAAGAGCAUCGCUCUUUCUGUUGUUGCACUCGGUACUCUGGUGCUCGGUAUUACUAUUGCAGCUUUUUGCAAUUCAACACUGUUUGACAAACUUUACCUGAAGUGUCUGUCACCAGAACGGAAAGAAGAAAGGCAGCGCCUCUUUGAUAGUAUAAGCAUUUCAGAAUCUGUCAAUAAUGACACUCGAGAGCGUUCACCUGAGGAAACAAUAUCUAGAUUUCGCUUCUACCUUGGUAUUGUGUGUGCUGUUAUGCUCGGCCUCUUCAACGGAUCUCUCCAAGUUCCAUUUUAUUAUUACAGACAACACAUAGGAAAGGAAAACUACAAAGCUAGCAUAAGCUAUCUUGUAAACUUUAGUGCAGGUAUUGCUGUCACUACUCCAGUUAUCUGCUUUGUCUGGUGGAUGAUCAGAUUUCAAAAAAUUCCGCCAUUUCAUUUCAUGCAAGUCUUAUUUCCAGGUCUAGCAACGGGAUUCUAUUGGGCAUGUGGGUACUGUGCUGCAACAUAUGCAACGCUCUAUCUUGGAAAUACGGUUGGGUACCCUCUCACCCAGACGUGCAUUGUGAUCAAUGGACUAUGGGGCAUCAUAUACUACAAAGAAAUACGUGGUGCACACAAGAUCAUUGCGUUUAUGUCAGCAACAGUGAUUAUUAUUGGUGGAGCUGUAAUUCUUGCCUUGUAUGGAAUGUCAACAAAGUAACUAUUCUACGGAACAUUGUUCUACUUUGUAGUAUGUUAGUUGUAGCUAGACCACUAUUAAUAAAAUAAUAAAUGUUGUUGAAGCUGAAAUACUAUA